CAAAUUAAUUUUCUUACUUCUACUUCCUGCUUUUUGGUAUUGGUAGCCUCCCACAAAUAUUGAAAUAUCUUUGAUUAUGGCUUUAGAUUUAAGAAAAAAUAAAGAUUCUCUUACAAAUGCUUAUGAAAAAGUAAUAAGCGACAAAGAUGAUACAAACUGGGCACUGUUUGGUUACGAAGGGCAAACUACAGUAUUAAAAGUAAUUGAAACAGGAAAUGGUGGUAUUGAAGAAAUGGCAGAAGAACUUAGCAGUGGUAAAAUGCUGUAUGCUUAUUGCAGAGUUCAAGAUCCUAAUACUGGACUUUUUAAAUAUGUUCUUAUUCAUUGGACAGGUGAAAGUGUUCCAGAAAACUUAAAGCUGAAGUACACAUCCCAUCUUAGAGAUGUUCAAAGUUUUCUUAAGAGUAUUCAUGUCACAUUUCCUGCAAGGUGUGAAGAGGACAUUGAUGAAGAUGAAAUAGUAAAAAAAGUGGCCAAAUCCUCUGGUGCAAACUACAGUUUCCACAAAGAACAAUCUAAGCCUGUGGAGCCAGCUGGCCCUGUGGGUACUGAUUACAAGAGAGUUGUUCCAACAAAAGAAAUUAACAUCAAUUCCAGAGAUCAGUUUUGGGCCAAGGCUGAGAAAGAGGAAAUUGAAAGACAGAAUGCUGAAAAGUUGCGGGUCGAGGAAGAACGCAAAAAAGCAGAAGUUGAAAGAAAAGAGAGGGAGAUGCGUGAAACAAGAGAGAGGGAGAAGAAGAUAUCAGAGCAUUCUAAAGAAGUAACGAAACUAAGGCAGUUUGAAAAGAAAGCUGAAGUGGAGAAUAGGGAGUUAGAGCAAAAACGUUGGGAACAAAUGCAGAAGGAGUCAAGUAUAGAUGAGAAUGAACGUGGACACAGAAGUGACCAGCUCAGAAAAGAAAGAGCAGCUGAAGCAGCUCAGCUGGUAUCUUCUUCAUCAACUAAUGCUAGAGAUUUCUUCAAGCAAAAAUCUGUUGAAAGACCAUCAUCUGUUCAGAAGGCGCCGCCUCCUCCUAAAAAAAUUCGAGGUGGAUUUCUUGAAAAUGAAAGUAACAACACUGCAGCUACUCCUGCCAGAAAAGAACCAAUUAAACUUCCCACCAGUGAUGAGUCUUCCAGUAAACCAUUUAGACAACCGGAGCCUGUCAGACAGCAAGAACCUGAGCCAGAACCUGAACCUGAAGCUUAUUCUAAUUAUACAGAAGAACAACCUAGUGAACCUGAACAGGUUUCAUCCCCAGUCUUCUCACACACGCCUGAUUUACUUCGAAGUAACUUGCCUCCUCGACAAGACUCUGACAAUGAAGAAGACAAUGAACAAGAAUGGAAUGAACCUCCAGCUGAAGACUUUGAAUUCAGAGAGAAAAGAGUUCCAUCCUAUCAUGAAGAUUACUCCGCAGAGACCCACCAUGCUGACACACAGUCUCAUCGUGUGAGUGGAGUUCAGCAUUAUGAGGAGCAAGAAGAAGAGCAGCUGGAAGAGGUUGAGGCAACUGUACCAUCUGUCAAUAUCACACCUGAGAUGGGCAAGUGUGCCCGGGCAUUAUAUGAUUACCAAGCUUCGGACGACACAGAAAUAAGUUUUGACCCAGACCAAAUCAUUACAAACAUUGCAGAGAUAGAUGAUGGCUGGUGGCAAGGCUUUGCUCCAGAUGGUUCCUAUGGAAUGUUUCCAGCCAACUAUGUAGAACUAAUUAAUUAAAACACUGAAGCAGAAAAAAAGCAUGAUUCCAUUGUUUAAUAACAUUAAAUUCCAAGAGGGAUGAGCUUGUUAAUUUCACUCUGUAUGCUUAUAAAUGUUGUUUCUAUACAUAUGAAAGAAUGAACACUAUGUUGAAAUGAAAGCAUUUCAUUUCAUUGAGAUAAUAUUGAUCAAUCAUGUUUACAUGUCAAUGUGAGAUUGAAGAAAUUAGGGUUUAGCUUUUAGAUAACAUUUUUUUCAAACCUGUCACUAUAGAAAGAGAGCUCAUUAUGAAAAGCUAUAAUAAAGUCUAGCAAAAACUGGAUAUAAAUUGUUUUCAGAAAACUGUGAUUUAAUAUUUAUUUAUGGUAUUUAAUAGAUAAGGAAAACUCUACCUGUAUAGCUUGAUUUCAAGUACAUGUACCUAUUUUAUUUUCAAUUGUAUUUUUUGGGGCUUCCUGUAAUUAAGAAACUUUUUUUUCUCUAUUCCUCCAUAAGCAUGCAUGUCACAGUUGGGAAUAAGCCAUAAUGCAAUGAUCAUUUUAAAUUUGGACUAAGAUGUUUACAAAAUUGGUGAUGCAAGAGUUGUAUUAUAUACUUUCAUUUAUGUUGUUGGCUUUGUCAAUCUCAAUUGCACCUUUUUUUUCAAUUUACUUUUUUUUUUUUUUUACUUUUUAAUUUAUUUUAAGAAGCAGCUAGCGAUUUCAUUCAUAUAACAAAAUGUACAAAUUUGGGAUUUUUUAAAAAUUUUAUUACUGAGAUCAUGUCUAAAUGUUUUCAUAGAGGAUUCAAAUUAUAUACACAUAUAUAAUACUUUGUUUUUAAAUAUCAUUUAUCUGUAUAAUAAAUGCAUAACAAACAACAA